AGAUUCUCUCAACAGAGACCUUUACAGCACAGAGAUCCAGACAUGGCUCCCACAAUGACAGACGUGGCAGCAAUGACCAACUCUCAGGAGCAUUUGAUUCUUAAGCACAAGCUCAGAAAGCCUCUGGUGGAGAAGUUACGCAGAGAGCGAAUCAACAGCAGCAUCGAACAGCUCAAGUCUCUCCUGGGUCCAGAGUUCCUCAAACAGCAGCCAGACUCCAAGCUGGAGAAGGCAGACAUCCUGGAGAUGACAGUUUGCUUCCUGAGACAACUGCAACAGCAGCAGCAUGCAGCUGUGGACAAAGGAGCUGGUGAUCUGGGCUACUCCAAAUGUGUCCAGAGAGUUGUGCACUUCCUGUCCAAAGGUGAGCUGGAGACCCAGUCCCAGAGAAGACUGCUGAACCACUUGAAUAAGCUGCAGACUUCCUCUGACAAGAACCUGGAAGAGGUUGAAAUCUCUACUCUGAACUCCACAGUCCAGACAAGCAUUAAUAAAGAUGAGAGUCCAAUCAACAGCGCCCUCUGGAGGCCAUGGUAGACAUCUACAGACUGAAGUUACUCCCUCAAGAAAGUAUACCAGACUGGUAGACUGAAUUAGUCAGCUGAAUAUCAUGUAUUUCUAAGGACUGCCUUUUCUAAAUGUAUAUUAGCCUUGAAUUUAAUUGUGCUUUUAUACUGUACAUUAUCACAUUUCCUGUGGAAAUGACAAUAAUAUGUUUCCUUUUAAAACAAAAGAAACAUCUGUCAUGUCACAUUGACCAAAUCUUAUUGCCUUUGCAAUUUUGAUUUCUCUGUAAUUCUGUGAUUUACUACAAAUUGUGUAUUGCUGAUCAUAAUGGUCAAAAAAGAAAUUGCCCUUCUUUAGGACAAAUUUUUCUUUUAAACUUUACUUGAGUUAUCACCUAACGCGAAACAACAUCACCGCAGUGAUAACUGAAUACCUUCAUUUUUGAGGGAUUUAUUUGUCCGAUGAUUGAAAACUUAUCUAAACAUUUUGGCAACAUAUAUUCUUUUUUUUUCAAUGUUAUUUUAUCACUGUUGUAGUGGGUUUGUCUCAUACUUAAGCAAGGUUUAGGCUCAUGUGAUCUUUUGUAAGGUCAGUCAAUUUUUAUCUUCAGUUUAUUAAGUAUUUUAUCAAUACUAUGAGUUGUAUUUGCAACUGCUGCAAAUGUAUUGUCUUUUAAAAAGAUGUUUCUCUGAUCUCUACACUCUGUGAGUACACUAUGUCUUGUUGAAAUCUACAAGUUGUUGUUGUGAUGUAUCAUCUCUUCCUGCUGGAGCUUCUGUACUUUCUGUCUCAUUGUGCCUUUAAUAAACAACUGAGCUGAAACUAAAAUGUUUUCACCUCAUUGCAUAAUUUAUCUUUA